CUCAUUCAUUAUAUUAAUUAGCUUAACAGAGAAGAGAAGAGAAGAGAAGAGAGAUGUUGAAAAGAAGUAUGAUUUGGUGGUCUGUAAUGACGCUUCUUCUGCUUUCCUCAAGCUUCUCAGCUAACAAGCAUGGAGUGUUGGGAGGCAGAUUCUUGCAACAUCAAAAUGGGGAACAUCAAUUAACCCAUACUACUACUACUAGUAAUGAUGAUUUUGUUACUGUCAACAGAGAAGUGCCCUCAUCUCCUGAUCCUUUACACAACAGCUCAGCUAUGUGGACCAUGGUUCAUGCAAUAAUUUGCCAAUUAGAGGUUGAUUCUGAGCUUGGGCCCCGAGCCUUCAAAUGGCUAGAUCAAGACCAGCCCGAUACAAGGCGAUUCCAGUCCAUGCCUUGGUUUUUUAGGCUGAUUUGAGACUAGUUUGGUUCUAAACCGGCCCGUGG